ACGUACGCCAGCAGCAAUGAACCAAUCAGAAAAUUGUUGUCAGAGUUCUGCAGCAUAGGCCUCCGGUAAAAACCAGACAGGUUUUUCCACUCCUCACCGUGCCUGUUCAUCUGCGACUCCAUGUGCGCCCAUCUCACUGCUACUGUGAAAAAGGAAGUGAAACUAAUUCGGAGUUUGCCGUCAUUCCGGGAGGAUUAACCAAAGAACUUCAACCGCUGGACAUUGGUGUAAACGGGGUGUUCAAAAGGAAGUUGCGAGCGGCGUGGGAGCGAUGGAUGACAGACCCGUCUCAGACGUUUACUGAGACGGGGAGGCAGCGCCGGGCGAGUUACGCCACCAUGUGUGAAUGGAUUCUGGAUGCCUGGGCUAAUGCAUCUGCCUUAGCUGUUGUCCGAGCUUUCGCAAAUCCGGCGUCAUUGCUGAACAGCCACCUGGCAACGAGACUGACUCCGACAAUGAUGAGAGGGAACCUGGCUUGUUUGAUGGCGAAAUUUCCCAGCUGUUCAAUUCAGAUACAGAAGAAGAGGACUUUGAUGGAUUUGUGGAAGAAGAAUAAAAAAAUAACAAUAUGCAAGAACAUAACAAUGAGCUCCAACAUCACGGACCCUGGUCUCCUCUUGACUGCCAACACAUCGCCGCGAACAGCCGGAGCCUACUCUCAAUCCAGUGCGCAUCACAAGAACCUUAAUUUCACUCCUCAACCUGAGAAUGAAACACCCCGUGAUCCUCUUGGUGGUCAUCCUGUGUGGCAAGUUGUCCUCAUUGUUUUACUGACAGGCUCGCUGUCACUGGUCACCAUUGUUGGCAACAUUCUGGUAGUGGUCUCCUUCAAGGUCAAUCGCCAGCUGAAGACAGUCAACAACUAUUUUCUACUGAGUUUGGCUGUAGCUGACCUCAUAAUAGGAGUAAUCUCCAUGAAUCUCUACACAGCUUACCUUAUAAUGGACUACUGGGCCCUAGGCACAUGGGCCUGUGACCUUUGGCUGACUAUUGACUAUGUUGCAAGCAACGCAUCAGUUAUGAACCUUCUGGUCAUUAGCUUUGAUCGCUACUUUUCUAUAACCAGACCUUUGACCUACCGGGCCAAACGGACCACAAAGAGAGCUGGCGUCAUGAUUGGCCUAGCCUGGCUUGUUUCUCUUGUCCUGUGGGCCCCAGCCAUACUGCUGUGGCAGUAUUUUGUAGGUCAAAGGACGGUACCCCAAAACCAAUGCUAUAUCCAGUUCCUCACAGAGCCAAUUACAACCUUCUGCACAGCAAUGGCGGCUUUCUAUCUACCUGUGACAAUAAUGAGCAUUUUAUACUGGCGCAUCUAUAAGGAAACCCAAAACCGUUCAAAAGAGUUGGCUGGACUGCAAGGUUCAGAAGGUCGUGGAGGGCCAGGGGGAAGAGCAGGAAAUAAUAAACGAGGUGAGAGAGCUCGCUUUGUACAUCAAACUGGAAGUUCUAGGAGCUGUGGUAGCUAUGAGUUGAACAGGAUGCCUAAGAAAAAGAGCACAUGUCAGGAGCUGGUGGGGCGAUUCCGCUGCUGGCCAGGUGUUCGUUCUUGGAGACCUGGAAGUAUCAGGCAUGGGGAUGGUGAUCCGGACCAGAGCAGCAGUGACAGCUGGAACAAUAAUGAUGCAGCGGCCUCUUUGGACCAUUCCGGGUCCUCGGAGGAUGAGGACUGUGGAGGAAGAGAGAUGAUUUCUCAAAGUCAUGCUAUUUUUUCGAUUGUCCUCAGCCUACCUGGCAUUAAGGCUGCAGUCAACUCUCAGCUUACCUCUUGCGAGGAUCUGGAUGUGGCCUCAGAAGAGGAUCCACUGAGGGGAGACAGUUUAUCAACAGUCACCACUACCACAACUGCUCCCAUUACACCUGAGGGAACAAACAAUACAGAAAAUAGCUACCACCAACGCUUCAGCUCACGCAAGACACGGUCAAUGUCCACCAUUCAGGCCAAGUCUCACCAAGGGUUUCUGGAUGAUACCCCAUCAACGGCUGCCACUGAUGGCUCUACCACCUGCACGGCCACCAAGUCCUCCUCUGUCCCCCUUUCUUUUAAAGAAGCUGCUAUGGCAAAGCGCUUUGCCACACGAACCCGGACUCAGAUCACAAAGAGGAAACGGAUGUCUUUAGUGAAGGAGAAGAAAGCAGCUCAAACACUCAGCGCUAUCCUCUUAGCUUUCAUCAUCACCUGGACACCGUACAACAUCAUGGUGUUAAUCACAACCUUUUGUAAAGUUUGCAUCCCACAGACCCUGUGGGCGGUGGGCUACUGGCUGUGCUAUGUAAACAGCACGGUCAACCCCAUGUGCUACGCGCUUUGCAAUAAGACUUUCCGGACAACCUUUAAGAUGAUACUGCUGUGCCGCUGGGAUCAGAAGAAAAGACGGAAGCUGCAGUUUCAACAGAGGCAGUCGGUGGUCUUCCACAGGGGCAUUCCCAGGGAGUCUACGUAAAAUAACUGAGUAAUGAGUCGGUUGUUGACAGUUUCAACAUUCAACACAGGACAAUGGAAAUACAGGUUUCUUGGCCUAAAAGUCCGCACUGUCCUUGUCUGCUGUUAUGUAAAAUACAGCAACACUACAUGGUGGUCUUGUGAUGUGUGUUUAUGUUGGAGCAUCAAUGUACUUUGGCAAACGGGUACCAGUGGGCAGUUUUGCCUGAGGCGAGGUCCACAGAUGAAAGUUUUGUCUUUCUUAUGAAAGAAUUCUUUACCAUUUCACUCUAGUGCUUCUGGCAGAAGAUGACGAGGAAAUGAUCACAAAGGGCUUUUAAAAGGCAUUGCAGGACAAAUAUGGAAGUGCAAUUGACAAAACGUAGGCAUGUCCAUGUAAGGGAUUUACAUUUCUUACAACUUCCCUCUGUGGGUAGCUAGAACUGUAAUGUGUAGACUGGUUUUACAUUUCAAACAAAACUGUAUGUCUAUAAUAUGUUCCUGAAAGCCACGGUAAAAAGGAGACUUGUGUUCACUGGCUUCUACAUUUUACUAGUUUGCAGUGACUUCUUCUUAAAUGGCAUGUGUUUUUUAGCAGAACUUCUGUGGAUUAUAUUUCUACAUCGAUAUAGCUUUCUUGUGUAUCAUGAAAUAUAAAAGUUCUUAAAAUGUGUCCUUACUCUCACUCGUCAGAGAACUGCUUUUUUUCUUUUCUUUUUUUUUUUUUUUCCUUUUGUGAUUUUCAUCUUUGGUUUUCUAGGUAUUCCAGAGAUUUUGAGCCAGUUUAAAAAUGAUACAUUUGAUGAAGUGAGUUGUGAAUAUAUUGUGGCACCACAGUGAAAUGCUGUUGUGUUCAAUGUGAUUGUUGUGUUUUUCUAUGGUGAACACAAUGGGUACUUUGGUUGUGUUUUCUGUGCUUGCAGUUUCCUGUCAAAAGCAAUGACUGUAUAACGAUGAAAAGGUUCUGUGUACAUUUCUGACCUAGUAUACUGAGACUAAAUGCGCACAAAGAUGUACUUUUUUAUUUGCUCUGGCUUGGUUUCUCACUUUGAAACAUCUAGUCAUGAAAGCAGCAAUUGCGCCCUCUGGAGGGAUAUCUGAUUGCUACAGUGUAAUUUUAACAUUUACAUAAUAGGCUCUAAAUUGUGACGAAAGAGGAAUAUAUUUCCAAAUGUUGAGUAACUCCAAAUAGAUUAUCCAUACACAUUCAUGGUAUAACUAUUAUUUUACUUUCAUGUGUUUAGUUCCUUCAAAGUAUUAUAAAGCCAUGUCACAUGAUUUGUACAUAAAGUUGAAACCUUUUUGUAGUAUACAGAGAAAUAUCAAACACAAAAACUAAAAUGAAAAAUUAAUUUGGUGUUUUUUGCAAUGCACAUUAGUUUUUUGGGUUUUUUUAAACUGCAGAAACAUUUCUAAUGAUGUGCAAAAGAUACUGAAGGUAAAAGAUAAUCUGUAAUAUAACAGGUGUCAUGAAGAAAAAUAAAUUAUUAUGGU